CUGAAAUCUAGCACCUGUGAAUGUCUUCCAGGCGAAGGAAGCCAGCACCCAUUUGGAGCCAUGAAUAUUGUGCGGACCCCGUCUGUGGCUCAGAUUGGCAUUUCGGUGGAGCUGUUGGACAGUCUGGCUCAGCAGACUCCUGUGGGCAGCGCUGCUGUGUCCUCGGUUGACUCCUUCACGCAGUUCACACAGAAGAUGUUGGACAACUUCUACAAUUUUGCUUCAUCAUUUGCUCUCUCUCAGGCCCAGAUGACACCCAAUCCAUCUGAAAUGUUCAUCCCAGCGAAUGUGGUUCUGAAAUGGUAUGAGAACUUCCAGAGACGACUGGCACAGAACCCGCUCUUUUGGAAAACAUAAUUGGAAUAAAAUAAUGUGUCGUGUCAUUUAAAAGCAUGAAGUCAAAGGGGUCAUGAAGUCUACCUUUCAAAACUGCUCAGUGACUAUGAAACUUACCCCAAACCCCUAUAAACAUUAGAAACACCGAACGAGGAAAAUGUUCAGUAUUGAUUACCUUCCCCUCAGAAGUGUGAAAUACUUCUUGGAGCAAACGUUUUGUAUCGACUGUUAUUCAUUUCUUAAAAUAAAACCUACUCACAGUAGUAGUAUCUGAAAUGCA